AAAAUCUAUGGUUACAUAUAUACAAAGUGAUUUUGUGCUUUAUCGGACUUAAUAUGGAGAGGAUGUCAUGGACAACUAUCAAAAGCUCGGUUGGUGGGGACAGAUUCGAUCCAGCAUCCGGUUCUUCAAGUAAUAAUAGCUCCAGAGGUCUACGGCUAAUCAAAGCCAUACAAGUUCUCAGAACUAAGCUUCUGGUGAAAAUUCAGGAGAUAAAGAAAGAUCUCCCCAAGAAACUGUUCUUUCUCUUGGUGGGAUUCUACUCUGCAACUGCUUUCUCUACAUUCAUAGGACAAACAGGAGACUGGGAUGUUCUGUCUGCUGGAUUGGCUGUGCUUGUAGUUGAAUGCAUUGGAGCUUUAAUGUACAGAGCCUCUAUUCCAUUAAUCAACAAGAUGCGGGGCACGAUCACUAUGUUUAACUAUUGGAAGACUGGACUCGCCCUCGGACUGUUCCUAGACUCAUUCAAGUUUUAGCUUGGACCUCGUAAGAAAGACCGCGAAACCUGGCUCAAGAAUGGACAGUGAUCAGCAAAAUUUUGACAUGCUGUGUCGCCUUUAUGCCUGAAACCAAUACAUGAAGCUUGUGAAGACUUUAACGUUCAUUGAAGACAAAGCUUAGGUCUCAGCGUUUCAAAUCACAAGCUAGAAGACAUGGGACCAAACCUUCAAACCUACCAAAAGCCAGCCACCAGCAAAUAAUACUCGAGACUUGUCUGUAUAAAGCCUUGUAUUUGAU